CCGUAUCUUCCGUUCAGGCUGGCUUCUCCUCGUCCUGCGCUGCGCCCUCCCAGCCUGGGGCGUCGCGGUACCCGCCUCCGCGCUGCGCACUGACCCUCCACACCCCCGCCGCACCUACUCCGGCGCUCGGGCGCGGGCGGGAGGCGGAGCGGAGGGGUCGGGGGCGGUGUCGCCUCAGCCCAGGAGCUGCAGGCGGCGGGGGCGUCGGCGCUGGAGGUCCCCGAGAUAUGGCCGCUUCGGUAUUCUGCUGCCUGCGGUGCUGCAGAGAUGGCGGGACGGGCCACAUCCCUCUGAAGGAGAUGCCGGCCGUGCAGCUGGACACGCAGCACAUGGGAACUGACGUCGUCAUUGUAAAAAAUGGAAGACGAAUAUGUGGAACAGGAGGUUGUUUAGCCAGUGCACCUUUACAUCAAAACAAAAGCUACUUCGAAUUCAAAAUCCAGUCCACAGGAAUCUGGGGUAUUGGCGUUGCAACUCAGAAAGUUAACUUGAAUCAGAUCCCCCUUGGCCGAGAUGUACACAGUCUGGUGAUGAGAAAUGAUGGAGCCCUAUACCACAACAACGAGGAGAAAAACAGACUACCAGCAAACAGCCUUCCACAGGAGGGAGAUGUGGUGGGUAUUACAUAUGACCAUGUAGAAUUAAAUGUAUAUUUGAAUGGAAAAAACAUGCAUUGUCCAGCAUCAGGUAUACGAGGGACAGUGUAUCCAGUUGUUUAUGUUGAUGACAGUGCAAUUUUGGAUUGCCAGUUCAGUGAAUUUUAUCAUACUCCUCCACCUGGUUUUGAAAAGAUAUUAUUUGAACAGCAGAUCUUCUGAAUGUAUUUGUUUUUGAAACUUGUAUUUCUGCACUGUUGAAAGUGUUUACCAUUUAAUAAAGCUUUACCUGACGUAUACAUGAAAAUAUAUUCUUAAAAAUAUGCUUGUUAGUAUUGUCCAAGGAACCAGUGAAUACACUAUACCACCCUGAAGUUGUGAUUUAAAAUACUUAGGUUUUGUGAUAUGAAAUCAGCAUUUGGGGUGGUUUAUUUAACUCUUAUUUAAAUAAAUAUAACUGUGGGUUUAAUUAACAGUAUUAAAUGGAAAUAUGUAUAUAGAUAUUUAAAAGGGAGUCUUUCUUAAUGUAAAAUAUUUGUAUUGAUAGAGACAGAGUCGGGUGGGUUUUUUGGUCAUUCUGAUGUUUAGACCUCAUGAACUGUUUUAAGUCUGCAGUCCAAUAAUUUUGUGUCUCAGUGUCUUUUUUAUAUAGAGUAUAACAAAGUAGCAAAUUUAUAUUAUUGGCAACUUCAGUUUUGGCAAUUUAUUUACUGUAAAAUGUACCACUUUAAAAAUGUUAAUUGCUUGUUUUGUUUGUAUGCUGUUGUUUUUAAUUUUCUUUGUGAAAGGAGAUAAAUGUGGUAGUAACUAUUGGAGCAUUUUGUUGAAGACCAUCAUGCUGUGUUACUUCAAUACCUGAGUAAGUAAGUAGUGGUUGACUGGUGACAUAGUGUACACAGCAGACAUUUAGAAUAGUAUGAUGCCUUCAGUUUAAAUGGAAAUGAGAUUAUUAUUUUAAGGAUUUUAAUUUAAAUGUGCAUUUUUCUGUAAGGAAUAAAAUAAUAGUAAUUAAGGACUAUUCAGUACUAUAUUAAA